AUGAAUAAGAAAGUCAUCUCACGAGACACGGAACAGGACGUAGCGCUGACACCGAGUGCUUACUGGUUCUUGACCUUAAAGAGUAAGUUGGAGAAGUUGAUACAAGGGAAGACCUCUCGUGAAGGAGGGAUUAGGCCGGAUGACACUUCGAUCAUUGUGUCGGUGAAUGAUCGCUCCCAACGUGACCUGCUGAAGCGAUUUGAUCACCUCGACAUUGAUUGGACCGCAGUGGAGAAACAGCUCCUUAAGUGGAGCGAACAGUAUUCUCGAGGCAAGAAAUUAAGGCUGAGUAUUACGUUUAAAUACGUUAAGGAUGAAAAUCUCCACAGGACUACCUCAGGUAGGGUCGAGAAAAGAGGAAGGUCAUCGGUCACUAAACGGAUGCUCAACGAGCUAGACGUUCAGCUGGAUGCCGAAGAGAAUUCAUCUGGGCAAGAAUCUGUUUGGCGAGCUGUGUACAACCUAAUGCGUUGUCCUUCUUCGUCAUGCCAUCUUGGCCCACAUUGCUGGCAAAAUCCACACGGGAAAAAGCACUAUACGCUGAGGAGCCACCAUUUAAAACGUUUAAUCGCCUUUGUGGAAAAAGGCAACACCCUGCAGUCUCAUGAAGACGUCCCGGAAGUCUUUCACGAAGAACUAUUUAUGGAAGAACAGCAGCGGCUGGAGAACCAACAAUACAAGAAAAAAAAUAUGUCUAGCAUCCCAAGCAGUUGUCCCAUAAAUAUCAACAUUAAUGGAAUGCAAACUUCCUCUCAAUCAGAGAGGCUUGACUCCUCCGCAAAAUCAGCAAUGCUUCCAUCACCAAUGACCCUGGUCAAUGACGAUUUUACUAUUCCUGGACUUCGAGAUGUUGCAGUCAGAGAGUAUAGCGCAUGGCAUGAAGCAAAUGUCGCUGAUGACCAUUUGAAGCACGAUUUCGUCACGCAUGUGAUAUCGCGCUAG